CACUGCUCCAUCCAUAAAUUUUCCUUAAUUUGAUGGGAAUUGAGUUCUUCAAUCGGAAGAACCGGGACGAGAUCAUAGAAAUCUGUAAUGAUUGCGGUGAUGAUCGCAGUUCAUUAUGAAUAUCUAAGGGUCUUAGUUCUUCCGGUGUUUUUCCUUAUUAACAAUCAAGGUUUAAGGUUUACAAAUUGCCAGAAUCUGUCUCAAUGUUAUCUGGAUUUGAAUCCAUCAAAAAACAUUCCUUGAUAAUCAAUUCUUAUGGUUUAUCUUGGGACUGGGCGUUUUUACUCGAAACUCGUGGGUUCACGGAUAUCCGGGAUUUGAGUAUCCGGUACGAGACCGAUUACGAAAUAGAUGAGAUCAUGAGACUAGAAAAUUCGAUCGGCGGGUUCGAGUUCGGGUUCUAAAAUCAGAGAAACAGAUACCCGGAUAUCCGUAAAAAUUAAAAAGACUGAACUACCCCUAACACCCUACAGUUAUAAAUAUUUACAAAAAUACCUAAGAACUUUUACAGUAACCCUAAGACUCAUAAGCAUUCGUGUUUUGUUCUUCAUUCUUGCGUCGUUCAGAUGUUCUCUCUUCUUCUCUCUCUCUUUGAAUCCAAUUUCUCUUGAUUUUAACUAAAAAUCACUGCGAUUUCUCUUGAAUAUCUUCGUUGUCAAGCUUUUCCGUCUCUGUCUCCAUCGCAAAAGAUGAUAUCCGAGUCUGCGGACAUCCGGAUAUCUGGCUCUCGCGAGAUGAGAUCGAGAUAAUGUGUCAUCAGAACUCGUGGAUCUGAAACCCGAAGCCGGAUGGUCUAAAACUUGCGGAUAUCUGCCCGCGUCCACCCCUAGUUUAUGCUAGGUAUUUCUUGUUAUCACCUGGUUAAGAUGAAGAAAGCUGAUAAGUUUGCACCAAGUUCGAGUAAGGUAGUUUUUGAUGACAGUGAAGAAGAAGAAGAAGAACUCAGCUCUUCUUCUGCGUCGUCUUCCGAUGAGGAAAAAGAAAUAGAACACGAGUUAACGUUUGAGGAAAUGCAAAGGCUACGUGCUGAUGGGUCUAAGGCGGUUUCCUUUAAGCCAAAUCAAGAGAAGAAGGAGAAAAAGGGACGUGCGAACAAAAAUAGACCAAUGGAAGUAAGUUGCAAAAGACCAGUGAGUCGAUUUAGAGAUGUUGUUCAAGCUCCAAAGAAGGUGGUACGUGACCCUCGGUUUGAAUCAUUGUGUGGAAAUCUUGAUACCGAGGGGUUCAGGAAGAGAUAUGAUUUCUUGUUUAUGGAAAAGCUUCCAGCAGAAAGAGAGGAGUUGAAAAGGCAACUAAGAAACGAAAGUGAUCCAGAAGUUGUCGGAGAUUUGGAAAACCGCAUAAGGUGGAUCGACAAAAUGUUGAAACCCGAUACAACGAAGAGCAAGGAGGCGGCAAUACUCACGGGACACAAGAAGAAAGAACGGGAAGCUGCAAAGCAGGGGAAGAAGCCUUACUAUCUAAAGAAAUCCGAUAUCCGAAAACAGAAGUUGAUAGAGAAGUACAAUGAUCUCAAGGCAUCUGGAAAGCUUGAAACAUAUCUCACGAAAAAGAGGAAGAAGAACGCGUCGAAGGAGCAUAGGUACAUGCCAUAUCGUCGGCCCAACUCUUCCUGAGCAAUAGAGACAAUGUUAGUCAGUGUUGAAGAUCGAAGCUUUGUUGAUCGGGCAGCCAUUGUUAAAGACUGAAGCUUUACUUGUAAAAGUGAAUGCUUUUGAAACAUAUGAUGAUCUAUGGCUGGUUUGUCCACUUGUUUCCGGUGGCGGCCAUUGUUAUAGGCUGAAUCUUUACUUGUAAAAGCGAUUGCUUUUGAAACAUAUGAUCCAUGUCUGCUUUGUUUAUUUGUUUCUAGCCGCCGCAAUUGCUAGAGAUUGAAGCUUUUACUUGUAAAAGUGAUUGCUCUCGAGAAAUAUGAUUUAUUA